GCCCGGGCCGGCCCGCGGGGACCCGAGCUCGGCUGCACGCGCCUCCCCGCGGGGCCGGCCCGGGACUGCGCCGGGGGAAGGAGUUUCCGGCGGACUCGGCGCGCCGCUGCCUUCCUGUCCCCCGCGCGGCGCCGUCUCCCGCUGCCGGCCCGGGACGCCGCUCGGCCCGGACCCCCUCCGCCCCCCCCACCAUGCAGUCCCGGCUUCUGCUCCUCGGGGCGCCCGGCGGCCCCGGCGGCCCCGCGGCGCGGCGCGUGCGGCUGCUGCUGCGCCAGGUGGUGCGGGGCCGCGACGGGCGGCGCUCGGAGGUCAGGCUUCUGCACGCCGGGGCGGGGGCCGACACAGGUACUACAGUCAAUAUUGGAGAUGUGUCGUACAAGUUGAAAACUCCUAAGAGCCCAGAACUUGUGCCACAAAACUACGUUUCAGACUCUGUGGCACAAUCAGUAGUUCAACAUCUAAGAUGGAUAAUGCAAAAGGAUCUUUUGGGGCAAGACAUUUUUCUAAUCGGUCCUCCUGGGCCUCUUCGACGCUCAAUUGCUAUGCAGUACCUGGAGCUGACCAAACGGGAGGUUGAAUACAUCGCGCUGUCCAGGGAUACCACGGAAACCGAUCUCAAGCAGCGCCGCGAGAUCCGCUCAGGCACAGCUUUCUACAUCGACCAGUGUGCCGUUCGUGCAGCCACGGAAGGCAGGACCCUUGUAUUGGAAGGCUUGGAAAAAGCAGAGAGAAAUGUCCUGCCUGUUUUGAACAAUCUGCUGGAGAACAGGGAGAUGCAGCUGGAAGAUGGACGCUUCCUGAUGUCUGCUGAGCGCUACGACAAACUUCUCCAAGAUCAUACGAAAAAGGAGUUGGAUGCUUGGAAGAUUGUUCGAGUUAGUGAAAAUUUUCGAGUGAUUGCCUUGGGCUUGCCAGUGCCUAAGUACACUGGCAACCCGUUAGAUCCCCCUCUUCGUUCCCGAUUUCAAGCUAGAGAUAUUUAUUAUCUACCCUUCAGAGACCAACUUAAACUGUUAUAUUCACUUGGACCCAAUGUUUCUGCUGAGAAAGUUUCUCAGCUCUUGUCCUUUGCCACCACUCUCUGUUCCCAAGAAUCUGCUACUCUUGGACUUCCAGAUUUUCCUUUAGAUAGUUUACCAGCUGCAGUUCAAAUCUUGAAUUCUUUUCCUAUGAUGUCAAUUGAACAUGCAAUUCAGUGGCUCUACCCGUACACACUUUUACUAGGACAUGAGGGAAAGAUGGCUGUGGAAGAUGUUUUAAAACGUUUUGAACUUCGAGAUUCACAAAACGCUACGCUUCCUAAAGAGGUUGUGAGAGUGGAAAGGAUCACUGAAAACCAGGUUGCCCAAGCUCUUGUGACUAUCCGGUUUGCAGACAAAGAGGUGACCAUUAAGGUGCCAGCGGGGACCAGACCAGUGAGCCAGCCGUGUUCAUCUGACCAUUUUGUACAGACCCUGAGCCAUAAGCAGCUGCUCGCUGAAAUGAUGCAGUCUCACAUGGUGAAGGACAUAUGUUUAAUUGGAGGAAAGGGCUGUGGAAAAACAGUUAUCGCUAAGAACUUUGCAGAUACGUUAGGAUAUAACAUCGAACCCAUCAUGCUCUAUCAGGACAUGACGGCGCGCGACCUGCUCCAGCAGAGAUACACUCUCCCGAAUGGAGACACUGCCUGGCGGUCUUCUCCACUCGUGACUGCGGCCCUGGAAGGAAAGCUGGUCCUCCUGGAUGGCAUUCACCGGGUCAACGCAGGCACACUCGCCGUGCUGCAGAGGCUGAUCCAUGACCGAGAGCUAAGUCUCUAUGAUGGCUCAAGGCUGCUGAGAGAAGAUAGAUAUUCUCGUUUGAAGGAGGAGCUGCAGCUGUCUGAUGAGCAGUUACAGGAGAGAUCCAUCUUUCCUGUCCACCCCUCCUUCAGAAUCAUCGCCUUGGCAGAACCUCCUGUGAUUGGAAGCACAACACAGCAGUGGUUGGGACCGGAAUUUUUAACCAUGUUCCUUUUCCAUCACAUGAAACCACUUGUGAAAACUGAAGAAAUGCAAGUGAUUAAGGAAAUGGUACAAAAUACACCUCUGGAAGCUUUGGACAAAUUGUUGUCAUUUACACACAAACUCAGAGAGACACAGGAUCCGACAGCACAAUCAUUGGCAUCCUCACUCUCGACCAGACAGCUGUUGCGAAUUUCUCGCCGGCUGUCGCAGUACCCCAAUGAAAAUCUUCACAAUGCUGUUAAUAAAGCAUGCCUUUCCAGGUUUUUACCAAGCCUUGCAAAGUCAGCACUAGAAAAAAAUCUGGUAGAUGCUGAAAUAGAAAUAAGUACUGAUAAUAAUCUUGAACCACAACCAGAGAAUUACAAAUGUGAAGUAGCAUCUGGAGUUCUGAAGAUUGGAGCUGUUAGUGCACCAGUCUACAAUGCCCAUGAAAAAAUGAAAGUGCCUGAUGUCCUGUUCUAUGACAACAUUCAGCACAUGGUAGUGAUGGAAGAUAUGCUAAAAGACUUUCUUCUUGGAGAACACUUACUAUUGGUUGGCAACCAGGGUGUUGGAAAGAACAAGAUCGUUGAUAGAUUCCUUCACUUACUCAACAGACCCCGAGAAUAUAUUCAACUUCACAGGGACACAACUGUGCAGACACUUACUCUUCAGCCUUCAGUUAAAGAUGGACUUAUUGUGUAUGAAGACUCACCUUUGGUUAAAGCAGUAAAGAUGGGCCAUAUUCUAGUAGUGGAUGAGGCAGACAAAGCCCCCACAUAUGUCACCUGUAUUUUAAAAACUCUGGUAGAAAAUGGAGAAAUGAUUCUUGCUGAUGGAAGGCGAAUUGUUGCAAAUUCUGCUAGUGUGGAUGGAAGAGAAAAUGUUAUAGUGAUUCAUCCUGAUUUUAGGAUGAUUGUUCUGGCCAACAGACCUGGAUUUCCUUUCUUAGGCAAUGAUUUCUUCGGUACCUUAGGUGAUAUUUUUAGCUGCCAUGCAGUUGAUAAUCCCAAACCCCAGUCAGAGCUGGAGAUGCUCAGGCAGUAUGGACCAAAUGUGCCCGAGCCCAUCCUCCAGAAGCUUGUGGCUGCCUUUGGAGAGCUGAGGAGUUUAGCAGACCAGGGAAUAAUUAACUAUCCUUAUUCUACCAGAGAAAUCGUCAACAUAGUCAAGCAUUUACAGAAAUUUCCCAACGAAGGUCUCUCUACUGUGGUUCGGAAUGUGUUUGACUUCGAUUCCUACAACGAUGAUGUGAGGGAGACUUUGAUGAACACGCUACACAAAUACGGAAUACCUAUCGGAGCAAAGCCUAACAGUGUGCAGCUGGCCAAGGAGUUGCCUCUGCCAGAACAGACAUUCUUGGGCUACUGGACAAUUGGUCAGUCAAGAAAUGGCAUGCAGAAGUUGCUGUGUCCGGCAGAAACUGACCACAUUGGCAUAAAGGGUCCAGCACCUAUAAAUAUUCAGGAGUACCCAAUAGAAAGACAUGAAGAAAGAUCCCUAAACUUUACUGAAGAAUGUGCCUCCUGGAAAUUACCCUUGGAAGAAAUUAAUGUAAUCUGUGACAUUGCUACAUCUCCUGAUAAGGAGGAGAAUACUCUCUAUGUAGCCACAUGCAAUCCCGUUUCCUUAUACUUCAUGAACAUGGCAGGGAAAAGUGGCUUCUUUGUGGACCUUUAUGACAUCUUCCCAAGAACGGCCGGUGGGGUUUGGCAUCCAUUUGUGACAGUGGCGCCGCUGGGAAGCCCCCUGAAGGGUCAAGUGAUUCUCCAUGAGCAGCAGAGCAAUGUCAUCCUAUUGUUGGACACCAUUAACCGAACCAUUCGGCGUCUCAUCCUCCCUUCAGAUGUUACAUCUAAGCAGCCUUCCUGGUGGAACAAGGAAUCUGAAGUUCACAGAAUGUGUAAAGAAUUUUCACACAAAAACUGGCUUGUGUUCUACAAAGAAAAUGGAAAUGACCUGACAGUGCUGGAUGUCCUGGAAGGGCGGACACACACCAUCUCACUUCCCAUCCACCUCAAGACAGUUUUUCUGGUGGCAGAGGACAAAUGGCUUCUCGUGGAGAACAAAACUAACCAGAAGUAUCUUUUAACUAAGCCUGCACACAUCGAGUCUGAGGAGAGUGGGGUCUGCCAGUUGUACGUGUUGAAAGAGGAACCUCCUAACACAGGAUUUGGAGUUACCCAAGAAACAGAUCCCAGCGUACCUCAUAAGAUUUCAAAUAAUCAGUUAACACCUGAAAACCUAAGUGCAGCUGUGGGACAGAAGAUUGUCUCUCCCAACCGAAUUCUCUCAGAUGAGAACAGUUAUGCUUCAGUCAUUGUUGGUUUCCCAGAUCUUAUGUCACCCAGUGAAGUGUAUUCUUGGAAAAGGCCAUCAUCUUUAAAUAAACCAAGGACCACUGACUCAGCAUUCUAUGGAGCAAAGAAGAAGAAUGAAACUCCAAAACAGAGCAACUGUGUGACUCUUUUAGAUUCUAAUCAGAUAAUCAGGAUUUUGCCCCCAGGAAAUGUCCCUCUAAAAGAUAUCUAUCCAAAAGAUGUUACCCCUCCCAAAACAGCUGGCUAUAUAGAAGUCACCGAUCUUCAAUCAAAAAAACUCCGGUAUAUCCCCAUUCCCAGUUCGGACUCUCUCUCACCCUACACCACGUGGCUCUCCACCAUUUCAGACACAGAUGCACUGCUGGCUGAAUGGGGCACAGGUGGUGUUGUGACUGUUGAUAUGGGAGGUCGGAUCAGACUUUGGGAAACUGGACUUGAACAUCUUCAUCGAUCACUGAUGGAAUGGAGAAACAUGAUUGGACAAGAAGACAGAAAUAUACAGAUAACAAUCGACAGAGACAGUGGUGAAGAUGUGAGUUCCCCCAAACACGGGAAGGAGGACCCAGACAACAUGCCCCAUGUGGGUGGCAAUACAUGGGCUGGAGGAACAGGGGGAAGAGACACUGCUGGUCUGGGUGGCAAAGGCGGUCCUUAUCGGCUGGAUUCUGGCCACACUGUGUACCAGGUGUCACAGGUCGAGAAAGACGCGGUUCCUGAGGAGGUGAAGCGAGCCGCGAGAGAGAUGGGCCAGAAGGCAUUCCAGCAGAGGCUAAAGGAGAUCCAAAUGAGUGAAUAUGAUGCAGCAAGCUAUGAAAGGUUUUCAGGUGCUGUUCGGCGCCAAGUACAUGCUCUCCGAAUAAUCCUGGAUAACUUACAGGCUAAAGGUAAAGAAAGACAGUGGCUGAGGCAUCAAGCUACUGGGGAUCUCGAUGAUGCCAAGAUCAUUGAUGGGCUGACUGGAGAAAAAGCCAUCUACAAACGCCGGGGUGAUCUGGAGCCUCAACUGGGCAGCCCACAGCAGAAGCCCAAGCGCCUGCGCCUGGUAGUGGACGUGUCCGGCAGCAUGUACCGCUUUAACGGGGUGGAUGGCCGACUCGAGCGCUCUAUGGAAGCUGUGUGCAUGGUCAUGGAAGCCUUCGAAAACUACGAGGAGAAGUUCAAGUAUGACAUCACUGCGCACUCUGGAGAUGGCUUCAACAUCGCCCUAAUUCCUUUGAACAAAAUCCCCAAGGACAACAAGCAAAGACUAGAAAUUCUAAAGACAAUGCAUGCCCAUGCUCAGUUCUGCAUGAGUGGGGACCACACGCUAGAGGGGACAGAACAUGCCAUCAAGGAAAUUGUCAAAGAAGAAGCAGACGAGUACUUUGUUAUUGUCUUGAGCGAUGCGAACCUGUCACGUUACGGAAUACAUCCUGCCAAGUUUGCCCAAAUCCUGACAAGCAACCCUCAAGUAAAUGCGUUUGCCAUUUUUAUUGGAUCUUUAGGUGAUCAAGCAAAGAGGCUUCAGCAAACUUUGCCAGCGGGCAGGUCUUUCGUGGCCAUGAAUACCAAGGACAUCCCUCAGAUUUUGCAACAGAUCUUCACCUCCACCAUGCUGUCCACUAUUUAAGAACCUCCUUCUGUACCUUGAGCCCGGGAUUGGAGCCAGGACAGCCUUCCAGAGGGAAGACAACGCGUGAGCCCUGCAGAGACAGAACAAGCCUGGCCUUCCUGCUCCCCUUCUCUUGCUCAGUGAGCAGAAUUCAGAAAAGCAGCCUGAAGAAGAACAGUGGGUGUGGAAGUCUACAGCCACUGAUGGGUCUCAAAUCAUGAGAGGAGGUGAAGUGACCAGGGUUUUGUAAAAGGUCAGGAUCUGUUGCUUUCGCCUUAACACUUCAUCUGGUCACUUAACACUUCACCUGAGAUGACACAAGUGGCCCCAUCCAAUGAAGCCUUGAAUCCACAUUCUGACAUCAAGAUGCAAGUCCCUGCAAACCCAUCCAGUCUGCUCCAGUCUAAUCAUUCUUUUACUUUCUCCCCUAGGAUUUUAGAAUAUCUGGCUCGCUAAAAACUCCUUCUAACCGCAAUAUUGUAUAUGAGGUUUGAUUUUCUCAAUAAAUAAUUCCAUUUUCUUAGUCAAAGCCCUAAAAUACCAAAAUAUCCUUGGCUUACUUCCUUUGCCAUGUGAAUUUUGAAUGUCUCCUUAAAUAAAAGUAAAUGCUCUGUUCCCCUGCGCCCCAGUGGAAGGAUAAAGGAUGUGUCUUGCCUCAAAGUUUCCUGUUUCCUCUUGCUCUGAUGAUUCUCAGAAAUUUUACACUAAUUCAUUUUGGUGUCUAAGAUAUGGUAUGUAAAAUAAACGCUUAAAGAAGAAAAUACUGAGACCAUUUAUAUAAAAUGAUUUGACACAUAAUUAAAAGAUUUAGGCAAUGUG